UCGUAAGAGCGGAAGUACGACGCGGAAGCCAGCCAUAGAGUUUAGUGGCCAGAGCGACUCUGCAGGGAGGUGGCAGGAAAGGCUCGGAACUGCUGCCGGAGGUGACGGAGCUCCGGCCCCGCCCGGUGUGCUGGAAGACGAAGCUUCCAGGUAGCGGCCCGCAGAGUCUGACCCGGGGUACGACGGGGCAGUAGCCGUGAGCCCACGGUCCCUGGGCGGCCUCUUUAAGGGAGGGGGCGGAGCCACGUGGAAGGAGCUUGCGGCUCCAGAUAUCCUGAGCCCAGGUCCCCCCAGCUCAGUGCAGCCAUGAGUGCCGAGGUGAAGGUGACAGGGCAGAACCAGGAACAAUUUCUGCUCCUGGCCAAGUCGGCCAAGGGGGCAGCGCUGGCCACACUCAUCCACCAGGUGCUGGAGGCUCCUGGUGUCUACGUGUUUGGGGAACUGCUGGAUAUGCCUAAUGUUAGAGAGCUGGCUGAGAGUGACUUCGCUUCCACAUUCCGGCUGCUCACAGUGUUUGCUUACGGGACAUAUGCUGAUUACUUAGCGGAAGCCCGGAAUCUUCCCCCGCUCACAGAGGCUCAGAAGAAUAAGCUUCGACACCUAUCAGUUGUCACCCUGGCUGCCAAAGUCAAGUGUAUCCCAUAUGCAGUGUUGCUGGAGGCCCUCGCCCUGCGUAACGUGCGGCAGCUGGAAGACCUUGUCAUCGAGGCAGUGUAUGCCGACGUGCUCCGCGGCUCCCUGGACCAGCGCAACCAGCGACUGGAGGUUGACUACAGCAUUGGGCGGGACAUCCAGCGCCAGGACCUUAGUGCCAUUGCUCGAACCCUGCAGGAGUGGUGUGUGGGCUGUGAGGUCGUGCUGUCAGGCAUCGAGGAGCAGGUGAGCCGCGCCAACCAGCACAAGGAGCAGCAGCUGGGCCUGAAGCAGCAGAUCGAGAGUGAGGUGGCCAACCUUAAAAAAACCAUUAAAGUUACAACAGCAGCAGCCGCCGCAGCUACAUCUCAGGACCCUGAGCAGCACCUGACUGAGCUGAGGGAACCCGCCCCUGGCACCAACCAGCGCCAGCCCAGCAAGAAAGCCUCAAAGGGCAAGGGAAAUGCUAAAGAAAGUUCUUCAGACAGAAGAAAAAUGGUGACUGAGGAAACAGGACAUCAAGAAGGAAGAGAAACAGAUCUGCUUCAUGUGUCCAAACGGCCUAGCCUCAGACGGCUCAGACACUGGGUUGACCUCUUGGCUGGAGAACACUGACAUCUUGGAGAGAAUUGUCCAGAACAUGCAAGAUCCCCAGGUGGCAGGUGACAGCAGAUGAAGAGGAUGGGAUGGAUGCUGAGGUUAAGGGCUGUGGGGAGCGGGGGCGGGGGUGGGUAGCAUCUUAUUCCUAUGCAAAAGAUAAAGACCUCAGAGAAGAAAAGAAUCAUAAAAGGCAGAGAAAGGGCAAGGAACUCUGAGUACUAACUUAUUUCAUCUCAAUCCCAGGGAUAGUCCAGAGUGGGGAUGGUGGGGAAGCAGGGGUACUGAGUAGUACUCAGUAGUACUGAGCCCAGAGGGAGAAGUAUUACAUGCCUGUCCUGGUCUCCCUAGUGUUACCAUUUCAGGGUGGACAUUGAGGAUGGGAAGGCCCAGAGCGUCAGCGCUCUCUGCCUACCUUCCAUAGGAGCUCUGCUGGCCUUUGGCAUCCCGGGCCUCUCGAGUGCACUCCUCUCCCGCCAUGCCAGCUGUGGUCCUACAGUCUCUCCCCAGGGACAGAGGCUAGUUGGGACACUGCUUAAGAGAACCAGGUACCCAACUUCCCUCCCUGUGCCCCCAGUUCUUCACCUCCCCAGCUUCUAGCAGCCUCACCUAGAUCCCACCUCUCCUAUCUGAAGACCCCAGUGACGUCUAAGAGGGAGAGAAGUAAAGGCUACUUUUUUCUUAGCCCUAUCCCAACUGGAAUGGCCUGGGAGAAGGAGAGCUUGGCCCUUGCGGCUCUCUCAGCCCUUGGGAGGACUCAGGCCCAGGCUGGGGAGCAUCAGGGCGGGGCAGGUGCAUGGAGUAUUUAAGUGGACUUGGACUACGUGGGCUGGGAGACUGAAAUACUGCGUUUUUCUUGUGGAUCAGCUCCUGGUUCUCUGGGUAACCAGUUUGUGACUUGGGCUUUGGAUUGCAGGACAGAGGAAGGGGGCAUGAGGUAGAGGGGGAGGAGGACCCAAGGUUCUUUGUUAGUCAAGGACAGAAAACAACCCAAACUGCAAGCAGGGCUGGGUCAGAGUGGCCAAACCUUUGUUUCUACUUGUUAGUCUGUAAAGUUGAGGCACGAUGGGACCCGUGGGUGGCUCAGUCAUUAAGCAUCUGCCUUCUGCUCAGGU